AUGAAUUGGCGCUACAAACACAUGCAUGUUGCUGCGCUGGAGCAGUCAACCUCACUCAUGGCCAACGUGAACCUGACCGCCGCAUGCCCAUCCAUGCUGCUGCCGUUCGUCCACGCAAAGAUUCCGACGGUGAGCGUGUGUUACUUCGAGGACCACGCCGCGUGGAUGAAGGUGGCUCUGCAGAAGCUUGUGUUCAAGCAGUUCUUGGUGCCGGGGACUGUCACAUUCCGACCGGCUUUGCGAGAGAUUUUGAAAGGUUCGGCAGAGCCAGAGCCGAGGGAAGGGGAGGAGCGCCUGGUUGAGCCGACUGGCCGCGCAAAGCAGGAGAAGGGCGAGGAGGAGGAGGAGGAGGAGGAGGAGGAGGAGGAGGAGGAGGAGGAGGAGGACAAGACUCGGUCGACUCCGAGGAGGAUCUCGAGGCGUUUUGCCAAGGUGCUUGCCCAGCGGUUCACAGGUUCGCAAGGUUCUGUCGGGAACUCCAGGAUCACGGCGGGCUUGACAAAGCCUAGGUCCUUCAAGCUUGCUUCGAUCACGAUGAUCAGAGAUGAUGGCAAUUUCACCAUCCUUCGUGAAAUUAUUAACCUAGAGUGCAAGCCGACAGCGCAGUGCCCGGAGCCGAAGUGCCACCUGAACUGCGGCCCGCUGACGUCUACUGGCGCCGCAGCCGUUGAUCAGAUGAGAUUGGCCAAGUCAUUACAUGACUGCAAUGCCGGCGCCGAGGGCAGCGACGCCAAGCCGCUCGGGGAGGGGGUGGCCAAGGUUUCAUCGGGUUUCGAGGGCGUUGUGAGCAACAUCUGCGGCCAGAAGGAUCGAUUCGCAGGGUUCGCAUUCUCCCGCCCAGAAAGUGCUUUGGCCGGCUACCUUGUCUGCGGCUCCUAUUGCGUAGAUAGGAUGCGAGAGGCGGCCCCGCCGUCCACGCAGAGGGCUCAGGCAAUGGGGACAUGUACGAGUACGCCGAGGCUGCGGACCUUCUUGGCCCCGCGGCCCUCGGACACGCUCGGAGACGACUGGUACUUCGACACAAUGAACUUGCUUUUAGACCGCUGGGGGCCGUCGCACAUCCAGUUCCUGCGGAAGAAGUUCUUGGAGGCCACUGAGAAUGGGGAGGAGGAGCUGGACAAGAAAGGCUUCUUUAGCCUCUUCGCCGAGCUGCAGGACAUGCCGCCCUCGGUCGCCGAGUCGGCGUUCCGUAUGUUCGACGCGGACGGCAGUGGCAAGCUGAAUUUCAAGGAGUUCUGCUGUGCCCUCGCUCUCUGCUGCCAGCUGAUGUCCUCGGACGAUGAGAAGAUCCGCUUUGUCUUCGACAUGUUCGACACCAACGACGACGGCCUCCUUAGCGCGUCGGAGGUGCAGCAGUUGCUCGGGCAUGCCCUCCAACGCGAGGAUGACAAGAACAGUGCGGCCGCGGACGCGCAGCAGCAGGAGGCCGCCGUGCAGCAGCGGACCAAGCGCUUGGCAGACAUGAAGCAGGAGCUCCUGGGAGCCGGUUCGGCGCCCCUCUCCUUUGACCGCUUCUACGUCUUCACGAUUGACGACGUUUGGCUAAUCGAUGCCGGCGUGGAAGCCAAUGUUGAGAAAGCUUUCCGUCGCCUAGUGAAACUUCAGCACGCGCUGCCAUGCCUGGACAACUUGCUCUGCACCUUUCAGCUGGUGCCCGCGCCCCAGCGCGAGCGAGCCGUCUGCGAGGAGAUCCUCUCGCGGCACCCGACCCUCCAGGAGGGGGCGACAUGGCACUGCAUCUCCCACAAGUGGCUCCAGGUGUGGAAGGCCUACACGGGCUGGAGUUCGUCCCAGUUGCCGGGGUGGCACGGCUCUUCGCCAGGGUCGCCAAUCACCCCGCCGGCGGACUCGAACAGAGGUCCCGAGCGGGCGCGCGAGCGCUGCCACUCGGGCGACUCGGGUGUGGUCUCACUUCCCUUGCACGCGCUGGGUCAGGCUGUCGAGGGCUCCGUGGAGUUCGAUCGUGACGGCAUCGACGAUCUCUUCAACGCGCAGCUGCGACGGUACCAGAGCCUACCGGCCCGACCGCCAGAGAUCGACAACUCGGAUCUGGAGGGCGAGCACAAGGGCGAGAUGAAGAUGAACCUGGUCGAGCAUCUGGACUUCGAACUCAUCCCCGAAGAGAUGUGGCUCCGGCUGGUGGAGUGGUAUGGCGGGGGACCCGCACUUCCUCGAAAGGUGAUCUGCAUGGGCCGAGAUCAUCAGAUGAAGGUUGAGCUCUACCCGGCUCUGCUGCUUGUUGUCGCUGCUGGGCCUGAUGGAUCUCCCCUGCCGCAGUUCAGCCGCCGCUUCUUCAUCUCCAAGCAGUCCACGCUGGACCAGACCUUGUCCAUGUUGGCGGAGAAGCUCUCGAAGCCCGUCGACCGGUCCCGGCUAUGGCAUCGCUCCAAAGGUGAGCAGUGGCGCUUGGUAGAGAACCAGAACUGCACCCUGGAUGAGUUCCUGGAAGGGAAGGGCUGGGAUGCCGGGGCCUUCAUGCUGGAGACGCAGGUGGACUCCGAGUGGCCCCGGGACAAGCUGCUGAGUGCCGCCGCAGCCGACGAGGCGCGCGAGGACGAGGUCCCGCAGCCAGAAGAGGCGCACGGUGACGGCCGCCAGUCGCGCUUCGAGGUCGGGGAUCGUGUGGAGGCCAAGGGUGCAGGGAAUCGGCAGUGGCUGCGUGGCACCAUUGUGGAUGUCGUGGUGCGCGACCACGGCUCCACCCCCUCACAGGUGAAAGUUCACUUCGAUUCCACCGUGUACAAGUCCGAUGAGUGGAUCAACACCUCCUCGGAUCGGCUGGCCCUCUUGGGCACCCACACCGGAAAGACCGCGGAUGAGCGCGGGACUGGUGGUGCCUCGUUCAUGGGUAUGCCAGGGGCCCGUGGUCUGCAGAACCUGGGGAACACCUGCUUCAUGAAUGCUACGCUUCAGUGCAUGGUCAACACGCCGGUAGUGCGGGAGUACUUCCUGUCAGCGCAGCACGUCCGAGACGCCGCGGAGAGGAAGAGCUCGCACGCCAAGGGCUUGAAGAACCACGAGGGAUUUAAAAGGCUUAAAGUAGAUGCCACUCCCUCCACUGACGCGAUGGCAGCAUGCUGCUAUUUCUCGCUCCGGAGCCUUGUGCCCUUGCUGGGCUUUUAUAUCCUCUUCGUCGUCCUGCAGACGCAUCAUUGGCUGUUUCUGCGGCCAAUGGUAGUUGCAAACUUAGACACCCGGUGGCAAAAGCUCGGAGGUCCUCGCGACUUAGCGUUCUACUUCCAGACAAACCAGGUGUUCCCAGAGGCACCUUUCUACCUUCUCAGCGAUGGAGGGCCAAGCUUCCAGCACCUGGCCCAGAAGUGGAACGUCUCUGCUUUUCACUCUGACGUGAACAUGCAUCUCGACAGGAACCUGAACUCGAACUUCACCUGCCGCAAGCAUCUGGAACGCCUGGCUGUGGCAGGGCGCUGGGCGAAGGAAGAAGGUGCCAAGUAUUUGAUGAUUUGGGAGGAGGACACGCGGCUCCUGCGGACGUUCGAUGCGGUCCCCGACGCUGAUGUCAUCAGCAUGGGGAAUGUUGGGAAUAUGCACGUGGCUUUGCGGUUCUCUACUGUGGGAGCCUUCCACCCAGAGGCUCUGGAGAUCUUGUCCCGCAAGGCGCCCAAGGACUUGCAGCCGGGCGAUGAGCGAAGGAUGCGCAUGUGGCGGCAGUAUGCCGCAAGACACGGCUACUCAAGCGGCCCGGGGAGCACCUGGAAGAUCAGCUCCCUGCUCAAGGGCCUGCAGAAGGCUGGAGAUGAUCCCUUGGAUGACAUGUACCAGGUUCAGGACAUGUGCUGGGAGGACUUCGCCCUGUCCCAGGGGCAAAGUGUUCGGCGCACGCCCCACGUGCAGCAGAUUGUUCAUAACUUUGGGGACAUUGACCAGCGCUCUUCGGACUGGCAUCCCUACCGGAACCUCUGGUGCUUGUCUUGCCUGGAUAAUUGCAAGACGCAGUGCCAGUGCGCCCCCCCUUUCUCAGCACGUGAGAGUUUCCGCUACAAAUACCUCGAGGUCGUGUCGCUCUUCUAUCCAACCUGGUCUUCGGAAAGGCGGCAGGACAUGCUCUGGAGCCGGCCAUGCCGCGCCUGCGAAGUGGCCGGAUGCUGGGAGACUUGGUAG